ACGAAUCUGGUUCCCUAGUGCUUUCACACUUUUUUCAUCUUGCACCUGGUGCUCGACGACGACACCAACGACCAGCUCUUUUCUGUCCACUGCGAGCCUAUCCUCUAUUAUGUCGUCUUUCAUCCCAAUCAAUAUUCACGACCCCACUGCUCCUACCCCCCAAAAUACACCCUUGUCGCACGCACCUAUCGCACAGGGUCUUUCUCGUCCCACUGUGCCUGACAUUACUGAGGACAAUGAGCCUGCCGAGGACGAGGAGGGCGAGGAGAAUGCUGAUAGUGCGAUGCAGAGUGCCAUGCUCGGCCUUGUCCAGGGCAAGCUCGCAGGCCUUCUCGGCAAGAGCUCAGGCUACAUCGAGAGCCUCCCUGUCGAAGUCAAGCGCAGUGUCGAGGCCCUCAAGGGCGUCCAGGUGAAACAGACCGAGCUUCAAAAUCAGUACAAGCGCGAGUGCCUCGAGCUCGAGAAGAAGUAUUCGGAGCUUCAGAAGCCAUUACACGAGCGCCGCCGUGCGAUCAUCUCUGGCGAGGCGAAGCCGACUCUUGAGGAGAUCAAGGCGGGCGAGGAGGAAGAGAAGAAAGAAGACCCAGACUACACGCCCCUUCCCGAAGCUACCGGCGAGGACGCGACUUCUGCUAUUCCCGAGUUCUGGCUCACUGCGCUUCGCAAUCACAUCGCGCUGAGCGAGAUGAUUACCGAUCGCGAUGCCGACGCACUCAAGCACCUCGUUGACAUCACGAUCGCGUAUCUGCCACCGAAGGAAAAGCAGCCCGGUUUCAAGAUCGAGUUCCACUUCAGCGCGAAUGAUUACUUCAAGAACGAAGUACUCGAGAAGACGUAUCUCUAUCAGGAGGAGGUCGGUUAUGAGGGCGAUUUUGUGUACGACCGCGCAAUCGGCACGACUAUUGAGUGGAAGGAGGAUAAGGACCUGACAAAAACUUUUGAGAUCAAGAAGCAACGGAACAAGAACACCAACCGCACUCGACUCGUGCGCAAGGCGAAGCCCGCCGAUUCCUUCUUCAACUUCUUCUCUCCACCAGUGCCCCCAUCAGAGGAGACCAUCGAGAGCGGUGAGAUUGACGAGGACGAGCUCGAGGCGAUUGAGGAGCAGCUGGAGAUAGAUUAUCAGAUCGGCGAGGACCUUAAGGAGAAGAUCAUCCCUCGCGCUGUUGACUACUUCACCGGCAAGGCCCUUGAGUAUGAGGGACUCGAUGACGACGACGACUUUGAAGACAUGGACGACGAAGAUGACGACGAUGAGGACCGCUUCGAGGAUGACGACGAGUCAGAUGACGAUAUUCCUGCACGUCGACGUGGACCACCGAAGCGCGGUGGCGCUGCUGACAAUGUCAACCCUGAGGAGUGCAAGCAACAGUAAUGUUCUCGUGCUUGCCCCGCGUCCUCUACCUUUACAGACACACUCGCAUAGUAGCCCGUCUCAGCUCUCUUUCCUGACGAUGACUCUGCUAUUCGUCGCAUUACUGCUACCUGCUGUUAUCUGACCCCAUUCAAAACGUUCGGCAAUCCGUAAUAGCACCCUUUCCCACUACCCACCUCGUCCUUGGUACGUAGGUAAUUUCUUCGACUUGUUGGUUGUGCCCCUGGUGCUUGUGCUUGACAAUGUAAAACAUGGUUCUCGAACUAUAAAAAGCCAAACUUCAGUUUAUCC